CAUCGUGACGUGUCGAUUAUGUAUAACACUUCAGACGUUGAACUUUGAAUGAAAACACCGAAUAGCAUAUAAAAUGCAUUUGCUCCUUAGUAAAAAAGUUAAGAAGAUGUCUUCGUCAAGAUUUCCUAUUCUAUCGUUGCCGCUUCGUGAUUCGCGUGCCAUCUCUAAUAACAUUGCAGUGCUUUAGAUAUUUUAUAAAUUAUAUAUAUGGUUAUAUUCUGUUGAAUGUUAGCACGUCCGACGUGCCUUUUCCCCUUGAACUCAUGGAUAACAAGUCAGCCGUAUCUGCUCUACAGGAGUUUUGUGCCCGGACACAGAUUAAUCUACCAACAUACAGUUUUAUUCCCGGCGAAGACGGAGGGUACGUCUGUAAAGUUGAACUAUUGGAGAUAGAGGCCCUUGGAAAUGGGCGUUCGAAGCGUGAUGCCAAACACCUGGCUGCCAGCAAUAUCUUGCGUAAAAUCCAACUGCUGCCCGGCAUACACGGCUUGAUGAAGGAUUCGACUGUGGGUGAUCUGGAUGAGGAACUGACUAACCUCAACCGGGACAUGGUGAAGGAGCUGCGUGACUACUGCGUCCGCCGCGAGAUGCCACUGCCCUGCAUUGAGGUAGUGCAGCAAAGCGGCACCCCGAGCGCCCCGGAAUUCGUGGCCUGUUGCUCCGUGGCCUCCAUAGUACGCUACGGAAAGUCGGACAAAAAGAAGGAUGCCCGUCAGCGAGCGGCCAUUGAAAUGCUGGCCUUAAUCUCCAGCAAUUCGGACAAUUUGCGUCCGGAUCAAAUGCAAGUAGCGAGCACAAGCAAAUUGAAAGUUGUUGAUAUGGAAGAAUCUAUGGAGGAAUUGGAGGCAUUGCGCAGAAAGAAAUUUACCACCUACUGGGAGUUGAAGGAAGCCGGGAGCGUAGACCAUACAGGCAUGCGGCUCUGCGACCGACACAACUACUUCAAGAACUUCUAUCCUACCCUGAAAAAGGAGGCCAUUGAGGCCAUCAAUUCAGAUGAAUACGAGAGCUCCAAGGAUAAGGCUAUGGACGUAAUGAGCUCUUUAAAGAUAACACCCAAAAUCAGUGAAGUGGAAUCUUCAUCGUUGGUUCCCUUGCUUAGCGUCGAGCUUAAUUGUGCAUUCGACGUGGUCCUUAUGGCAAAGGAGACCGAUAUCUACGACCAUAUAAUAGACUAUUUUCGCACCAUGUUGAUUUAAUGCGUAUAACAUUUAUUCAACUAUUCUAGCUUAAAACUAAGUAAACUCGUUUUAUUUACACUCUAGAAUGCACAUAUUUCAUUUAAUCUUACGAUUAAUACAAUCUCCACCAAUUUGUAGGUGGGAAACAUAAAAAAAUUAUUUUCAAGGUCUUUUAGUAAACAUCUAUGUUAACUUUGUACACGAUUGAGAUAGGUGUAAAAAAUCCAAGGAAAUAAGUAAGGGGAGUGGGUACAACAACUUUUACUUUCGAGAAGGUAUAACAUAAUGAUAUUAUUAAUUACUUUUCGAUGCCAAUACCAAUGUUAAUUCUAUUAAAAUGUAAAGUAUUUAUACGGUCCGAACUUAUUGUUUGCAACAACUGAUUAUAAAAUAUUUGAAGCAAUUUACAUAAAUAUGUAUUGCACAGUGAAAUUAAAAAUCUGAACAUUUGCCUUUAAAAGGAAUGCUAGUAAUCAAAGACUUACUUGAAACAAAUAUUUUAAAUAAUUUGACGGAAAAAAAUGGUAAAAAUGCUGCAUUUCUUUUUUUUUUUACAAGUACAACUUUUAUACGAAUAAAAGGGGUUUCAGUCUAAAAUAAAUAAA